AACCGUGUCUUGCUCCAUCACGCCAAAGCCGGGACAGUCAUUGCCCGUCAAGGGGACCAGGACGUGAGCCUCCACUUCGUGCUGUGGGGCUGCCUGCACGUGUACCAGCGGAUGAUCGCCAAGGCGUCUUUUUACCUCACCGGCCGGGCGCUCUACAGGCAGGGUGACAAGUCGGACUGCACCUACAUCGCGCUCAACGGGCGCCUCCGCUCCGUCAUCCAGAAGGGCAGCGGCAAGAAGGAGCUCAUCGGGGAGUACGGCCGCGGGGACCUCAUCGGCGUGGUGGAAGCCCUCACCCGGCAGCCCCGUGCCACCACGGUCCACGCGGUCCGGGACACGGAGCUGGCCAAGCUGCCCGAGGGCACCUUGAACAAUAUCAAGCGCAGAUACCCCCAGGUUGUCACCCGCCUCAUCCACCUCCUGAGCCAAAAGAUCUUGGGAAACCUGCAGCAGCUCCGUGGCCCCUUUGCAAGCUCUAGCUUGGGCAUGGCCUCCAGCUCGGAGCCCACCAACCCCACCAGCAACCUGUCAACGGUGGCGGUGCUGCCGGUGUGUGACGAUGUGCCCACGGCUGCCUUCACGCUGGAGCUCAAGCACGCGCUCAACGCCAUCGGUCCCACGCUGCUGCUCACCAGCGACAUCAUCCGUGCCCGUCUCGGCUCCUCAUGCAUGAAUUCAGUGUUUGAGACCGUCCUGGACCUCACCUACCCCAUCACCUCCAUGUUUUCGGGUUCAGCCUUCAACGCCAGCAUCAACAAGGUUUUCCAGGACAAGCAGAUCGAGGACCUGUGGCUGCCCUACUUCAACGUCACGACCGACAUCACGGCCUCGGCCAUGCGGGUGCACACGGACGCCAACAUGGGUGCCAAGACGGUGAUCGCCAUCGACGUGGGCAGCCAGGACGAGACGGACCUGUGCAACUACGGGGACAGCCUGUCUGGCUGGUGGCUCCUCUGGAAACGUCUCAACCCCUGGGCUGAAAAAGUCAAGGUGCCCGACAUGGCGGAGAUCCAGUCCCGCCUGGCCUACGUGUCGUGCGUGCGGCAGCUGGAGGUGGAGAAGUCCAGGUCGAACUGA